UGCGUGUUGCAUGCCGCCUGCUGUUCAGAGUUCUUUAGCACGCGUGGAGUAUAUUUGGGAAAAGCUUUUUAUUAAGGGGCAAAAUUUAUUGUAAAGAGUAACGAGCGUUAUUUAUCAGUAUGGGAGGUCAGGCUAAGAACAAGAAGAAAAAUAAACCCAAGAGGAAGGACAACCGUCAAAACAGGGAUGGAGGGUUUGUUGAUUUGUCACCUCAAGAAAGGAUGAAAGUAAGAAUGCACGAGAAAGCCAAGAAGAAGACAGCUGAAAAGUACUCAGUACAGCAACUACUAGAGAAGACUCAGGAGUACAUGGACAGUUUUGACUUUGACAUGGCUGGCCUUUUCUGUCAGAGAGCUUUGGAUGUGGACUCCAACAACCUACAAGCUCUUGACAUGCUGGGACACAUUUGCUCUGAAUUAGGAGACAUGCAGAAAGCUAAAUCAGUGUUUAUCCGUGCAAUAGACCUAAGCCCGGAUGUUGGUCAUAGCAAAUACAUGUAUCUGGGACAAAUUCACUCCGGCCAGGAGGCUGUGGACUACUACACAAGAGGAAUACAAGUUCUUCUAUCAGUUCUAGAGAAGCAGGAAACAGAGGCUGGAGCCGCUGGAACAACGGAUGAGAACGACGAGGUCCCUUCAAGGAAGGAUGUCAGCGUGGCCUACUGCUCCCUGGCUGAGAUCUACUUAACAGACCUCUGCAUGGAGGAGGGAGCUGCAGACAAGUGCCGAGAGUUCAUUGAAAAAGCUUUACAGUAUCACCAUGACAACCCGGAGGCUCUCCAGCUUAUGGCCAGUUACCUGUUUAGUACAGAGAGAAACCAGGAAGGGAAGGAAUACCUGUUGAAAAGUGUUGGGAUGUGGUUACCUGCGCAGAAGCAAAGUGCAGCUUCCUCCACGACAGAAGAAGAAACACAGAAUGAAAUCCCUCCGUACGAGUCUCGCAUCACCACAGCCAAACUGCUUAUCGAGUCAGAGGAGUAUGAGAUGGCGGUAGAUGUAUUGGAGGGUCUUCUGGAAGAAGAUGAUGAAGUUGUUCAGGUUUGGUAUCUGUCCGGCUGGGUGUGCUACCUCCAGUGGGAAAAAGCAAAACAACACCAAGAAAGAGAAGAAAGUGAGGCAUUGGAAGAGAAUGAGGAGUGGAAGACUUUACAGGAUGCUGCAAGGUCAUAUUUGACUAAUGCUAAAAAGCUGUACAGUAAGCUGCGAUGCGACGACCAGCCGAUGCUGGAUCAUGCAGAACAGCUGCUGGGCGAACUGGGAGGAGAAAUCGAGGAAGAAGACGAAGACCCAGCUGUGGACGACGACUACGAACCUUGCAGUGACAAUGAAGAGGAAGUAGAGGCCCCCAUGGAGCACUGACUGCACCCCAUCAUGUUUUCCUUGAGUUUUUGUGCCCUCUUCAAAGUGCCUUUUUGUACAGGCUUUUCAAAGAUUAAAUUGAUUUGCACAAACAGAGCGGUAUUAAAAAUCUACUCAAUCUCUUUCAGUUAAGUUGCUAAAUGCUUUUGUCGAAAUAAGUGCAUACUUGAGUAAUGCUUCCCCUAAUCUUCUCGACAGAUGCCAAUGAAAGAAAUUAGUUUUUAGAGGUUUAAUUCUCAUCAGCAGCCCUUGAAUGCUUUACCUUCACUGCACACCCACACAGUUUUGUACGAGCGGGAAUGUACCGCACGUACACAAAACAAAAGCACAAAAGAAGCAUGUUAAUUACUCUAUCCUUUUUUCCUCAGCACAACAAGCAGAACUGCUUUUCCCUCUAAGCAUUGUCAGAGAAACCCAGUUAUUAACACUUCAUGCUAUUUUUACAUGUGCUGUGAUUUUAAUGCCUAGUGUUUAUGUAAAUGCUUGAUUUUUUGUGGUAUUCAGUUUAUGCUUCAUGUGUCUCAUUUUUUUUAUUUUUCAUUUUUGGGGGGUUACACUCAGAGACUUCAGACAAUAGAGUGAAUCUGACAUUAACUCAUGCAGAGUGUAUCUCUCGCUCGCUUUGUUGCCGCUCGAGUGUUCAAAGUGACUUGCAUAACCGAGAAACGAGCAACUGACUUUUUAACACAAGUCUUCACAUAACGUCCUUUUAAUAGUCCCACAGUGUUAAGGACAUAAAAGCCUGGGUCUGUACAUUGUGGCAUACAAUUAUUUCCUACAAUGUAUGAAAUAUGUAGUGCAGCACCAUGUAAAGGCUUAGUUCUAUAAAUACGUUUGCUGUUUGUGGCCAAAGGUGUUUGAGAAUGUCUUUGGCCCCAGCAGCUCUAAAGCAAGUAUUGACUGUGUACCAAUUUACUCUUUCAGCACAGAGAAAUUAGUCUGAAAUGUUUUCAAAUCUCUACUAUAAGCUGUACAGCCACUUCUGGCUUCAAAUCUAAAAGAUAAAUGAGAACAAUUGCCUUUGCUCUAUUUAGACCUAAAAUAUAUUGACUACACAAUUUAAUUAGUAUCUGUUUAAACUCAAAUUUAACAAGACUAGAUUAGAUUUUGAUACAAUUCUUGUCUUGACUAUUUCGUACUUGUAAUGCAAUUUUGGUGCAAGAAAGCAUUUCCAAACAAUGCAUUCAACGUUUGAAGUUAUGAUGUGACAAACGGAAUGGAGAAACAUUUCUUAGGCGCUGUGUGUAUUUGGUCACUGGACUUCUGAAUGCUAAAAGAACAGUCACAUAUUAUGUAAGGUAACAUGAGACACUGCUCACAAAAACUUGUUAAAAGGCUAUGAAAGCAGAUUCAUAAAAGUAUUAAAAUGCAAACUAUAAAAUGUGUCAAGAUUGAUGAAAAUGAUCCACUUAAAAUAUUACUGCACAUUAUAGUUCAGUGCACUGAUGACUCUGGCAAAGAAAUGGUUAUUUAAUCUUUAUAGACAAAUCAUUUAUUUUAUCACUUCUAAACAGGGUGAGCAACCAGUUCACUACGUGAUACUUUGGACCGAUAAAUAUUUUCUUGAUUUUUUUUUUUGUCUAUUAAAUGUUUAUCUUAAUUGGUAUAUCCUAAAAUGCUACUAAAGAUUUUUAAAUGGAUCUUUGAGACAGAGGUAUAUUAUUUUUUCAUCCAUUUUUUUUUAGUAAAAGACAGCUUAACAACAAAAAAGAUACUUCUUUACGUUGCUUUAUUAUGUAUUGAGAGAUACAGAAUAUCUCUCAAUAGUAGGGUAAAUGAGAUACCCUUGAUCUCAUUUAAGAUUAUGAAAAACUUAGAGCCUCAAUAUAAAUGUUUGAAAUGUAGACAGAAGUGAUAUGUUUCUUAAGUUUAGUUUUGGAAUGGAUGGACAAAUGCUUCUGCAAUUGUUUGUACUAUCCUAAAAGCACUGUCUGCAUCAGCAAAACAUUCAUGUUUAAAUAAUUACCAUUUCUGAUACUUAUGUUGGAAGUUGUUAGAAGACACCUGGUUCCUCUGACCCUUGCUAAGGGACAUUUCACCAAAUGGUACCGGGGUGCAUAAAUGUUUUAGUUUUUCUAUUUUUGGAAUAGCAGAGAAAAUCUGCUAUAAAUUUUAAUUAAUUUGUUUUUAAAAUUCUCUAAAGUUGUUGGUUGCCUGAUCAUAAUACCCGACUAGAGAGCUGCAAAAAUACAUUAAUAAAAGGCUUAGAUUAAUGUAGCAACAUGAUGAUGAGUGUUGGUAAAUUUUUGUUUUGUUUAGUUAGGUAUCUCUCCAUGUCCUAUCUCUGUUAGUACACACAACACACCAUGAACAUCCACAGCAGCGUGGUGUCUUUGAAAAAUCCCAAACCUGGUAAAAAAAAAAAGAGAGUGUUAUCAGAGAUCCUGUUGCAGAUAGUGACCCUGCUGCAAACUGAGAGGCCUGGCAACCAUUUGAUACCCUGAUCUGAAUCAGUUUUUUUUUGUUUGUUUUUUUAUGGAGCAUUAAAUAUACCCCAGGAGGGAAAAAAUUGCAAAUAUAAUGUUUUCUCUGUGUGUGUCCAUGUGGUAAAAGUUUUGCAGAUUUAUGAGAUGCUUUACUUGUGGACUAGACUUUUUUCUCCCAUAUCCAUGUCUGCUGUGGUUAGUGUACAGGGAUGCACCUCUGCAGGCCUUGAAGAACGACUACCUGAAGCCAUUCUGUCAUCCAGCAUUUUCGUUUUUCUAAUUAAAGCAGGCUCUAAUGUG